UAUAACGCCGCUCCACAGUCCGACGUUCUCACAGCUGCAGAGUCAGAGGAGACGAGAUGAGUGCUGCUAAGAGUGAAAUGACCCUGGAUGGCCGCCUGGGGGCGCUGGAGUGCCACUUCACCUGGGAUCUGGAGCCCAGCAGGCCCGAACUUCUGAGAAUCAGGGACAAGCUGCAGGACAUCGGCACAGAGGGAGGACGCAAGUGGCUGGGACACAUCUACAACCUGCAGGGGUACGUCCACUUCAAGCUGGGGUUCAUCGGAGAAGCCAGGAGCUUCUUCAGCAGAGCCGAGGAGGCCUUCAGGCAGAUGAGAGGAGCAGAGGAGGGUCCCUGGCUGGUGGUGACCUACGGGAACCAGGCCUGGCUGCACCAUCAUCAGGGAGAAGAAGCAGAGAGUCGGGCUUGUCUGUCAAAGAUCGACGUCCUGAAGACUGAGGAUCCAUCGCAGGACGAGCUGCACCCGGAGAUCUGCGCUGAGAAGGCCUGGACUCUGAUGAAGUUCAGCGGAGAUCAGAAGCUUCUGGCAGAUGAUUACUUCCAGAGAGCCAUCCGGAUGCAGCCGGAGGUGGUGGAGUGGCAGACCAGCCACGUGUUAUGGUUAGUUAACAUGUCCAAACACAGAGAAACAGGGGUGGAGGCCGACAUCAUGGAGAAGCUGAGAAAAGCCAAGGAACAGGAUCCAGAGAACCUGUACCUCGCUGCCGUUUACUUCCUGCAACUCGCCAAGAAAGGAAAACCAGACCAGAGUGGAGCACGGGAGUUAGCCACAAAGAUUCUGAGGAACCCUGUCAGCAGCUACAGUGGAAUCAAACCUCUGCUGAGGUUUUACAGAACCUCAUUCUCCUUGGACGGGGCUGUGGCUUUGGCCGAAGAGGCUCUGAAGCUCCAUCCGGAUGAACGUUAUCUGAAAAGAUGUGUCGCGCUCAGCUACAAGUGGAAGAUCUGGGAGAAGGAGAGUCAUCCAAUUCCGAGCCUGAUAGAGAAAGGGAUCCGUGCCCAUGAGGAGAUGAUUUCUCUUUAUCCUGAUUCCUCUUUUAUGAAGAAAAUGGAUCUUGCAAGUAUUUACGCAAAGUCAGAGAUCACCAAGGCCAAAGCUGACAAGGUCUACAAGGAGCUUCUCACAAUGGAUCUGCUACCUUCUGAACAACAAGUCUUCUUCAACAUCUACGCAAAAUAUCUAUUCUUCACUCUACGGCAGCCGAAGAUGUCAACCAAGUAUCACAUGAAGGCGGCGGAGAUCCCAAUCAAGUCCUUCCAUCAGGACAGCAGCAUCAAGUCUCUGGAGAAGAUCAGACACAGGAAGGGGAACCAGGAAGUGGACCGGUUUCUGUCCAGGCUGAAAGAGUCUCAGAAAUAAAUCCACCAGAUAUCAUCCACACACAAUAGAAGUGCAGUUCAUAUUUCAACGUGAGGAAAUGUUUGAGUUUAACGACAGGUAGCUUGAGAAUGUUCUGAUGGUGGUGAUAAUAUAUACGCAUUAAAAAGUCUUCAAUAUAAUUCCUAUAUCUGUUGAAUACCUGUUCAACUGUUUUCAGAGUGGUUGUAAUAUAGCACUUUGUAGUUUUGUAGUUUUGCUUUAUUUUUGAAGAAAUUGCACUUUCUUGAUUCUUGUUGUUCUGGGUUUGUUCCUACGGGUUGAAUGCACUUAUUUUAAGUCGCUUUGGUGAAAUGUAAUGUAAUGUAAUGUAAUACUGACAUUGAUAAUAGUGAUGCAUAUGUAUGAGCAGGUUUCAGGUUUGAGAGAUUCAUACAUUAUUAUUAGAGGAAGACAACAUUGAAACACAUAUUCUUAAAAAACAUAUUAAGUGGCUGCAGUCAUCAUGUGUUGCUGAUGUGGAGGAAAAGUUUUGCUGUUCCUUAAGAAACAGCUUGUUUGUAAAGUUUAUUAAACAGAACAGACUCUUUAUUAAAUGUAUUAAUGUUUUGAGUGAUGAAAAUUGAACUCUGUAAAGGGCAUUUCUUAAAUUGAUUGUUAAUUGUUCAUUUGUAGUAUAACCUGAAUAUAUUAGCAGGUUUGCAAGCACAGAGUAUUUCAGCUGUACUAAUGCUAUUAAACACUUUGUCUUUAA